UCUCGGUGAGGUGAGAGAGCUUGGCUGAGCUUUACUUCCACGGUGACUUUCACUCGCACCGUACACUACACACGAAGGUCCCCCUCUUCCUCUAUGUGUGUGUGACGCUCUCCGAAGCAUCAGAGCAGCAGCAUCAUGAGAGGACACACAAAGGGAGUUUACCUCUCUUCACCAAGGGAGUAAGGAAAAGAAGAGAGGAGAGGAGAAGACUGAAGAAAGCAAGACAGAGAAAAAAGGAAAGAAAGAAGAAAACUUUCCUCUACAGGAUCUUUCCUCCACGUUUUGAGACUUACCAUGAGGCUCUGAAUUCUCUUCCUCUCUCAUAGCUCUUCUUCAGUAGCUGAACCCAUGUCUCUAAAAGUGGCAGCCACCGGUAAAAGUGCCAGCACCCACCUCUUGAUGCUGCUGUGCCCCCUGCUCUGUGCUCUGGUCCCUGCUGGAGGCUCCACACUGAGCCCCGAGGACUCGCGGACCACUGCUGCCACGUUGAUGCCAGAGGACUUGACCGGCACAACAAUACAACUUCAGCCAGACCUGCAGACUGAAGCCCAGACACCAACAGAAGCACAGACAGAAGCACAGACAGAGGCUCUGACAGAUAUGCAGACCCAGGGUGUCACCAGCAAUUAUACAGGUCUGUCCUGUAUGCCUGUCCUGCCACCACGUCGGGGUUCCUUCUACGUGGAGGGUGGAACAGGCGUGUCAAUCGGGAGUGUUUUGGCCUUUUGGUGCAGAGAUGGAUACCAGCUGGUUGGCAGCGACAAAAUCUGCUGCCAUGUCAGGAAUGGUAAAGCGCAGUGGAGCAACUACCUGCCUGUCUGUGAAGCAAUCCCCAGGCCAGAGGACCGUGGACUGAGAGUGGCUGUGCUGGCCUCAGUUGUUAGUGGCAUUGUCAUCCUCGCCAUGUCCCUGUCCUUUCUCAUCUGCUGUCUGCAGGAGCGAUCCAGCCGGGACCGUUCCAAGAAAGAUGGACGGAUCAGACGCAGAGACAAGCGCUCCGCCCGUCGCAGCGAGUGCUGGCUGGAGAGAGAGGAGGGCGAAUGGGAAGCCUUCCCUCCACCUAAGAUCUUCCACCUGUCCCAGAGGAUGAACCCCCGUCUUGCUCCAGACAGCCCCCUCUACCUGACGGGAGGCCUCAGUGGAUACGAGAACAGAGGAUACCAAAGGAGUCAGGAGAGUCUGCUGAAGGCCUCCAUGCCCGGGCUCUACCGCUCCGAGUCUCAGCUUUACCCACAUGUUGUCCUGCAGAGGGUCCCAACGCCGACUGCACCGUCUGCUCCCUCUGCUCCCUCUGCUCCUCUCUACCUUCACCUUCCUGACUCCUCUUCUGUCGCUUCCUCACCCGCCCACACCAUCACCCACAGCCAGCCACACGGCAUGCCGCAGUACCCCACCCCAACAUAUCCUCCAAAACCCAAUGUAGUGCCAAACUACCGCCACCCAACACCGGCGCCCAUCUAUCCGAACCCCAAUCCAACACCACAGAGGCCAUGGCAAAGUCUGCCAGUGCCAAUAAUCUAAAGCAGACGUGUAGAAAUGGACAUGCAGCCAGCGUAGAAGCUCCCCUUUGUUGUGCAUGCUUGAUGGACUUCUCAGUUUGGACUGAGCGGGAACCUAACGACUUUUUUUCCCCUUGAUUCUCACUCAGAUGAAGCUAUGUUACCAGCAGGGGGAGACUGGUGGAGAAAACCCUGCUUUCGUUUAAUAACCACCAGAUCGUCAUUACUGAAACCCUAUGUAGCCUAUCAACAAAGGGACACAAAGAGUUGUUAUUUAGAUUCCACUAAUUUUGUUCAUUGAAGGAAGACUUUGUUUAGGCAGCUCUCAGAAAUGUACAUUUUAAUAGCUAACUGUUUAGAAAUAAUCCCCCAUCAGCCAUCAUCGCACAUAUUAUUCUCUUGAGCUAAAUAAAUUGACAAAUAUAUAUUUUUUGACAUAUCUUCUUGGAAUCUCACUCAUCUGUUAACCAGAGCCAUGUGUGAUGUAAUGAAAGCAGCUCUUGUUAAUACUCUGAGGUAUUUUCCCACAAUGAAUGGGCAAAACACAGUAAUGAGGGCUUUUAUUGGCAGCAAGCGCCAUUGUAGCAACCACUGAGCAAAGCCAGUUUGUGUGGAUUUAACAGCACAAUGGCUAUUGUUAAUUCACAUAUUCUUUCUUUCAACACUGUUAACUACUUUUAACUUUUUCUUCUGUCUGUGUCUAUGUUUCUUUCUUGCAGCUAUUUGUGUAGUACAAUAAGAAAAUUAAUAAGAAAAGCUUUAGUGAUCAGCACUGUGGCUGGUGAAACAUUCCAGCGUGGUUAUUCCGGGGACGCUUGUGGGUUAUAAUCAAAAAAUCAUCACGUUAAAAUUAAUUCUAUGACAACAUAUUUAAUUUUAUGAAGAUCUUUUGUGCAAUGUUAGUGAAACAUGAGGAGUCUGCAGUGGGUGGAGAUGCUAAACCUUUAUUGUUCCUUUGAACUGUUUAAAUGCAUUUAAAUCAUAAACUCUGUGCAAGGCCCAUUUACUUUUAUUUUUAAUAGAACACUAAUAAAUCUGCACUUUAACCCUU